GCUUCUUUGGUCUGCUACGCUUCCUCGUGUUUCUGUAAAACCCAAGAUCACACGGAAGCUUAUUGCUCUUCCUACUGCCAGAGUCAACACCACGCACGCAUCUUAUCACUGCUUAUCGGUGCCUCAUACGAGCAUCCCACAUCCCACCUUGUCUUCCCCGCGUUUGCCGAGGCUGAGUACCUAUAAUUAUAGCUUCGUUCUCAGUUCUGUAGCCUCGAAGAUUAGCUGUAUUUCAUUCGGAACAUACCCUUCAUUAUCCUGCAUCGCUCGAUAUGGCCCCUCACGCAACCUCGCCAGCACCGCUGGAACACAGCCAGCCAUCUCAGCCAAUCAAGGUGAUUGCAUCUUCGCGAGCAGUAGUUGCCGGCCGACUCACUGAAGCGACCAUCAUAAUCUCUCAGACUUCUGGAAAGAUUGUCGCGAUCUUCCACUCGGUUCUACCCAAGUCGGACUUUCCUGAUGACACACCAUACACCGACUAUUCACCUUACAUCCUCCUUCCCGGUCUCGUCGACGCACACGUACAUCUCAAUGAGCCUGGGAGGACAGAAUGGGAGGGUUUCUGGACGGGAACUCGGGCUGCUGCUUUCGGCGGUGUCACUACGGUCGUCGAUAUGCCACUGAACGCCAUCCCACCAACGACCACUGUAGAGAACCUUAACACCAAGGUUUCUGCUUCACAGGGCAAGUGCUGGGUCGACGUCGGUUUCUAUGGCGGUAUUAUCCCAGGCAACGAUAAGGAUCUGAAGGGACUUGUCGAUGCAGGUGUACGAGGCUUCAAGGGCUUCCUCUGUGACAGUGGUGUUGAGGAGUUCCCAGCUGUCUCCUCUGUCGACAUCGAGAAGGCACUUCUCGAGCUAAAGGACUCAGCAACAACACUGUUGUUCCACGCCGAGAUGAUCCCCCCGGUCGCAGACUCUGUCGGUGACGAUGUCCAGCGCGCAAACCCGCCUCUCGUACCCCAGGGCCCUCUCAACGCAUACUCUACCUUCCUCGCCUCACGCCCACCUGCCUUCGAGACCUACGCCGUAGCCGAGAUCCUCUCGCUCGCCCACCUCGCCCCCGAACUGCAACUCCACAUCGUGCACCUCUCGGCCAUGGAAGCAAUCCCCAUGCUGCGCGAAGCGCGCGCAGCCGGCAUCAAGAUCACAGCCGAGACGUGUUUCCACUACCUCGCGCUGGCCGCGGAGCGCAUCGAAGAAGGCGACACACGGCACAAGUGCUGUCCGCCAAUCCGCUCGCAGUCCAACCAAGACGCAUUGUGGACGGAGCUACUGCAGGACCAGGGUGACGGCGUCAUCCAGACCGUCGUCUCUGAUCAUUCCCCUUGCACGCCGGAAAUCAAGUUACUCCCCCCGCACCUCGCGCCAAAGAAACACACCACCAAGACCCUCAACCAUGACGAGGACUGCGAGAGUAGUGACGAUGGGCCUGAGACGCCUAUGCAGGGUCCUGAGGAGAAGGGUGAUUUCUUCGGUGCGUGGGGUGGCAUUUCGUCCGUGGGUCUUGGGUUGCCGAUUCUGUGGACGGAGGGCCUGAAGCGCGAUGCGAACUUCAGCGUUGAGGAGAUCGUCAGGUGGUGCUGCAAGAAUACUGCUAAGCAGGUUGGGCUAGAGCAGUGCAAGGGCGAUCUGGGAGUGGGCUUUGAUGCGGAUAUUGUUGUUUUCGAUGAGACGGCGGAGUUUCUGGUUGAGCCGAGCACAAUGCUGUUCCGUAACAAGGUCUCGCCGUACGAGAACAAGAUGCUCAAGGGCAUUGUUAAGGAGACGUUCCUCCGAGGUCAGAGGGUGUUCUCGAGGGAGGCAGGCUUCCAGAAGAGCGGGCCGAGUGGAAAGACGCUUCUGGAACCGAGGACGACCAAAGCGUAGAGGUUGUCAAGAGAGAGAGAGUGGUGAUUGAAGUGGAUUUUCUGAUUGCGUAGAUGGCGUUAGCAUAGAGGCGUUCAGCAUAUUUACAGCGUGCGCUAUGAAUUCAGGUGAAUGAAAGGAUACACUUC